AGCUGCUCCCCGAGACGCCCCCGCAGGAGCAGCGCGACGUCCUCUUCUACCUGGCCCUGGGCUACUACCGGCUCAAGGAGUACGAGCGCUCGCUGGAGCUCCUGGAGCGCCUCCUGGCGGCCGAGCCGCAGAACGCGCAGGUGCAGCGGCUGCGGGGCCGCGUCAGGAACCAACUGAGGAGAGACGGGCUGGUGGGCGCGGCCAUCGUGGGGGGCGUGGUCGUGGGCGUGGCCGGGCUGCUGGGCGUGGCCAUCGCGC